UUUAUUUCAUUUCAUUCUCCAUUAUAAACGUUCGAGUCACGUUACAAUUCUCAUACAAAAUUUAAUACAAACAUGUUUGAUCAAAUAAAUACUCUGUUCCUGUUGGCGUUGGCCUUCACCGCCUGGAUUAUUUGCUGUUAUUAUCAUGCAAUUGAGGAGCAGGAACACGCUUAUGACUUCAAGUUGGAGCUGUACACAGAACACCCUGGUUUUGAAAAUAAGCUAUUGAAUAGCGGAUUCCCCUCGACAAGUGUUUCACCAUCUUUUUUCACCUUUGAAAUGAUGGGCACCCUUCUCAUCGGCAUAUGUCUCACAUAUUCCUUGUUCAAGGUGUUGAAGGUUGUGUUGGCGCGGGCACAACAGUUUUGGCAAGGCAAGGAGCAGAAGGAGCAGGAGGAGAUCAGUCUGCAGGACAGUCCUCAGGACGAUCUGGAGGCCAGUUCUGUUAACGAACAGUUGUGGGAGCAAAUAAAGCUCUUGCGGGAGAGACAUCAGAUAAUGGGUGAUCUGCUGAAGCAGGUGAAGAGCAGUGGUAUCUUUAACCUACAGAGCAGGGCCUCCUUAGGGCCACAGAUCCCAGGCAGUGGAUGUUUGGCGCUACAGACCCGUGGCUCUCUGGAGCUCCAGCCCCUGUUCAGCAGCACCAUCGACAGCGAAGAGCACAUCCAGACAGAGUCCGUCAACUUGGAGGUGGUCCGUCAGUCGAGGGCGUACGCACUUAAACCGAGUGUUUUCCUCCCGGUGUCUGAUAAUUGCAUUACCGGAUCCAUGCACGGCCCCCUGGUAGAACGCAGCACUGGCACAGUGGCCCUGCCCCCGUUAUAAAUACUCGGAUGUCUGAAAGAGACCGAUCUAAAUUUAAAAAUAUUGCACCAAUUUAAAUGUCGCGCCCUUAAGACGGCUUGCAGCACAGUUA